UCAUCCAAUGAAUGUAAGUCUAAUACGACACUAUGUGGCGUCCCUCAAAUCCAUAUCCACGAGUCUAGAGUCUGUCUUCUCACUUUAGCUUCCAUGAUUUAUGAACACGUCUGGAUCGAUGGAUUACACUUCAGUUGGUCAAAGUAGGGACUAUUAACAAUAUUUUGUUUUUGACAAUGUCUUUCUAAAUUACUUUGCUACUGAUAGAGAUCACUAAAGAACUUCUGAGGAGGUUAAAGUACCUCAUCUUUUGGAUUGAACCGGUAACAUCACGGACAAUGUUCUCGGCAACAGGAAAGCGUUGUUUUACUAUUGAAUCUUUGGUGGCGAAGGAAAGCCCCUUAACACCAGAAGACCCAAUUCGCCCUACCGCCCUAAGCUACACAUCACCCGCUGACAGUUUUCUAAACGGCUAUCAAAACCCCGCAGGCCGCGCGCUCUACCCAAACCCCGAACUGGUGUUUUCGGAGACUGUGAACCAUGCACCUCUGAGCAUGCAUCCACAUCAGCUCGGCAGCGCGCACCUUCAGCACCCUCACUUCUUUGGCACGCAGCAUCGUGAACCACUCAAUUUCUACCCAUGGGUUAUAAGGAACAGAUUUUUUGGCCAUCGGUUUCAAGGUAACGACGUCUCACAGGACACGUUGUUACUGCAUGGACCUUUUGCCAGGAAGCCGAAGCGGAUCCGCACCGCGUUCUCGCCCUCUCAGCUGCUGCGCCUGGAGAGAGCUUUUGAGAAAAACCAUUAUGUUGUCGGAGCAGAACGGAAACAGCUCGCCAACAGCCUCAGUCUAUCUGAGACUCAGGUAAAGGUGUGGUUCCAGAACCGAAGGACCAAAUAUAAGCGACAGAAGCUGGAAGAAGAAGGUCCAGAGUCCACACAGAAGAAGAAGGGAAACCAUCAUAUUAACCGCUGGAGGAUCGCCACCAAACAGAAUGGAUCUGAGGACAUAGAUGUAAUGUCCGAUGCCUGAAA